AUGGGCUUUGAUGGCUUCUUCUUCGGGCGUCUGGAUUAUCAAGAUAAGGGGGUGCGGAAGAAGAAGCAAGAGAUGGAGCAGGUUUGGCGGGCUAGCGCCAGCCUGGAGCCCCCAGUAGCCGACCUCUUUACCAGUGUGCUCCCCAAUAUUUACAACCCACCGGAGAAACUGUGCUGGGACACGCUGUGUGCUGACAAGCCCUUUGUGGAGGACCCACGCAGCCCCGAGUACAAUGCCAAGGAGUUGGUCGAUUACUUCCUGCAGUUGGCCACUGCCCAGGGCCAGAACUACCGCACCAACCACACCAUAAUGACCAUGGGCUCAGACUUCCAGUAUGAGAAUGCCAACAUGUGGUUCAAGAACCUUGACCGGCUCAUCGAGCUGGUCAACGCUCAGCAGCAGGCCAACGGGAGCCGCGUCAAUGUUCUCUACUCCACUCCCGCCUGUUACCUCUGGGAGCUGAACAAGGCCAACCUCACCUGGUCCGUAAAACAGGAUGACUUCUUUCCCUACGCCGACGGCCCCCACAAGUUCUGGACCGGCUACUUUUCCAGCCGGCCGGCCCUCAAACGCUAUGAGCGCCUCAGCUACAACUUUCUGCAGGUGUGCAACCAGCUGGAGGCACUGGCGGGUCCGGCAGCCAACGUGGGACCCUAUGGCUCAGGAGACAGUGCACCCCUCAAUGAGGCGAUGGCGGUGCUCCAGCAUCACGACGCGGUCAGCGGCACGUCCCGGCAGCACGUGGCCAAUGACUACGCGCGCCAGCUAGCGGCAGGCUGGGGGCCCUGCGAGGUUCUCCUGAGCAAUGCGCUCGCGCGGCUCAGCGGCUCCAAGGAGGACUUCAUGUACUGCCGCAACCUCAACAUCAGUGUCUGUCCGCUCAGCCAGACAGCCAAGAGCUUCCAAGUGACCAUUUAUAACCCCUUGGGGCGGAAAGUGGAUUGGAUGGUGCGGCUGCCAGUCAGCGACCACAUUUUCGACGUGAGGGACCCGAAUGGCACAAUUGUGCCCAGCGAUGUGGUGAGACUUCCUAGCUCAGACAGUUCGGACCUGCUUUUCUCGGCCUCAGUGCCUGCCCUGGGCUUCAGCGUCUACUCAGUAACUCAGGUGCCCGGCCGGAGCCCCCAUGCCCACAACCGCCAGCCCAGAUCCCAGAAGUCCUGGACCCAUGGCUUGGCCAUCCAAAAUGAGUACCUCCAGGCUAGGUUUGACCCUGACACGGGACUCUUAGUGGAGUUGGAGAACCUGGACCAGAACCUCCUGCUGCCUGUUCGCCAAGCCUUCUACUGGUACAACGCCAGUGUAGGCGACAAUCUAAGCACCCAGGUCUCGGGUGCCUACAUCUUCAGACCCAACCGCCAGGAACCAUUGAUCGUGAGCCACUGGGCUCAAACGCACGUGGUGAAGACACCCUUGGUGCAGGAGGUGCACCAGAACUUCUCAGCCUGGUGUUCCCAGGUGAUUCGUCUGUACCCAGGACAGCGGCACCUGGAGCUGGAGUGGACAGUGGGACCAAUACCUGUGGGUGACGGCUGGGGGAAGGAGAUCAUCAGUCGCUUUGACACAGUGCUGGAGACAAAAGGACUGUUCUACACAGACAGCAAUGGCCGGGAGAUCCUGGAGAGGAGGCGGGAUUAUCGACCCACCUGGAAGCUGAACCAGACUGAGCCAGUGGCAGGCAAUUACUAUCCAGUCAACAGCCGCAUUUACAUCAGGGAUGGCAAGAUGCAGCUGACUGUGCUGACUGACCGCUCCCAGGGGGGCAGCAGCCUGAAGGAUGGCUCCAUGGAGCUCAUGGUGCACCGAAGGCUUCUGAAAGACGAUGGACGUGGAGUAGGGGAGCCGCUGCUGGAGGAGGGGUUGGGGCUGUGGGUGCGAGGGCGCCACCUCGUGCUGCUGGACAAGGCUCCGACCGCGGCCACCAGGCACCGGUUGCAGGCAGAGAAAGAGCUGCUGGCCCCGCAGGUGGUGCUGGCCCCCGGUGGCGGCGCCCCCUACCACCCGGGAGUCGCCCCGCGCAAGCAGUUCUCAGGGCUCCGCCGGGAGCUGCCUCCCUCGGUGCAUCUGCUCACACUGGCCCGCUGGGACAGGACAACGCUUCUCCUGCGCUUGGAGCACCAGUUCGCUGUAGGGGAGGGCUCUGGCAACCUGAGCUCCCCGGUGACCUUGGAUUUGAGGGACCUGUUCUCCGCCUUCACCAUCACCUACCUGCAGGAGACCACGCUGGCGGCCAACCAGCUCCGGGCCAGCGCUUCCAGGCUCAAGUGGACGCCAGCCACGGGCCCCACAGCCCAGCCCUCUCCCUCCCGGCUGGACCCUGCCGCCAUCACGCUGCAGCCCAUGGAAAUCCGCACCUUCCUGGCCUUGGUCCAGUGGAAAGAGCAUGGCUAGACAUGCUGGGGGCAGGCACACUCUCCCCCUCCUCCUGCUGCUGCUGCUGCCACCAACAAAAGCCAUUAAAAUGCCACUACCAAGACUUGGGCCAA